AUGAUCGUUUUAGCUCUCUCUACCUCUCUCUCCCUCUCUCUCCCUCUCUUUCCCUCUCUCUCCAUCUCUCUCCCUCUUUCUCCCUCUCUCUCCCUCGCUAUCCCUCUCCACCCCUCUCCUUCUCUCUGUCUCGCUUUCUCCAGCUACCUCUCCUCCCAAGUCUCAUCGCCACUGUUACUCCUUCUUUUACCCAGGAUCAUAUCUGGGGAUGGAGUGGACUACAAGCUCACUGGGUCCAUCCCGGACUCCUUGUCCAAACUCAACAAUCUCACUGAGCUGAACUUGAAAAGCAACAACCGCACAGGCAACACCAUCCCCAGCACCAUCUCUGCUCUCACCAACCUAGUAGAGCUAAGCUUCUACAACUCACAGAUCAACGGCUCCAUUCCUUCAGGGAUGAGUGCUCUCACAGGACUUCAAAUGCUGGAGUAUGACUUCACAGUGCAAUGUCCCAGCGGCACUGACUGUGUGGUGGAGCAGUCGCUCGAGAGCCAGUUCUGCAUCGCCUGCUAUUCCUUCUGCCAGUCCUGCAUCUCCCCGCCUGCAGCCCCUUCGUCUGCUGCACCUUCCUCUGCAGCACCCCCUUCUGCUGAAACCUCCUCUGCAGCACCUUCCUCUGCUGCACCUUCCUCUGCUGCACCUUCCUCUGCUGCACCAUCUUCCGAAUCCCCCCCAAUCGACGAUUAUGAGCCUCCGUACACACCCCCCUCCAUUGCGCCUCCUUCUUUAUCCCCUCCUUCCACUCCUCCUCCUGGUAAUGGGACCUCUAACCCAACCGACCCCACAUCCUCGGGCACUAGUAGUACCAGCAGCAGCACCACCAACAUCAUCGACAACAGUGUGCAGAGCUCCUCUAAUGCCAACAGCACAGCCUCUUCUUCUUCCUCUGGCAUGUCCACUGGAGCAAUCGUGGGGAUUGUGGUGGGGGUGAUUCUGGUGGUCAUUGGCGCCGUUGCAGUCGUGUUCAUCAUUAUUCAGUGUUGCAAGAAGACAGAAGACAUUGAGGUGGAAUAUCCUUCAUCUGCAGCAGCAACAGGCUAUCCAGCCAUGGGGUCAUACCCAGCUGGAGACCAGUACAAGCCUAAUGCUGGUUACCAACCAGGUGUUGCUGAUAAGGUGUAG